GGCGCCCGCAACACUAACUUCCACGGAAAUGAUUCAAACCGAGUCACGCAUUUAUUGAAAAGAAUCCCCUUUAUUAUACUUUUGGGGUCAUCAGUCAUGCUUCUUUUACCAGUGGGCGAGCUCGAUUGACCGUGAUUCUUGCAAUUUUAAUGAUCAGGCAUCACAAUAGCCCAUUCCGACAACUCAUCUCGCCAAAUUAUUACGGGUGCGGGCGUACAAGGUGGGGUUUAUCCUCAAAUAAUAGGAAUAACGGCACUUUCACAUAUAAUAGGACUCUCGGUUAUCUAUUAAUCGAAGAGUCGAUCGUGGAAGUGAGAUGCAUCGCUAACAUGGCCCCGUUCCAACGUCCAAAUUUGAAUAAAGUUGAGUUCUGUCCUCCCAUCGGGGUUAAUCCCAACUUGUCUGCUCUUUUCGUGUUAUUGGUAUGUUGCAUUGUGGCGUAUCCCUAUCCACUUUGUUCUGUCGUUUGGCAGCCUCGUGUUUGUAGGUAUCCUUGGACACCGCAGCCCGAUCUCAAGAUCCCCGCAUUGUUAAAACAAAGCUUAUCCUUGGCCACAGCCGUACAUCUUUCAUAUAAGAUCCAUUUCGUCCGUCAAUUUUCUCCAGCCUCCAUCCUCAACAAUCUUGCAUUAUCAUGUCAUACUUUAUUCCCCCUGCAAACUCCAACGCUACCAACAGGCGCGGACAUUCUCAGGCCCCUUCGCACUAUACGUCUUUCUCGCUUCCCUUGUCCGGUGGCGGGUACACGCAGCCGUCUCCACCGACGAAGGAAGGUGGAUUCAUCCCUCCUCCUGUCGGUGCCAUGCAAUCGACUGGACAAACAGUGCUCAAUUGUCCGCACUGUAGUGAAAUUCUCCCACCCGGCCUUGAUCUCGCCACCCAUCUCAUUGGAUGUGGCGUAGCGGAGCUUCUCACCAAGGCUUAUACACCCUUCGAUUAUCCCUCCCGGUCGAAACACAUGGGAGGUCAGCUUCAGCCCCCCCAUUUCCAACUUCCUCCGCCGAAUUAUGACGGCAGAUCAGGUUCCU